CCUCUCUCUCAACACCCCCAAGCUCCCGUGUACCGCAUUGGCAUCAGCGACGUCCACUGAAACACAGUCGAAGCUGUGCCACGGAUACUGAUGACAAAAAGACCGCUCAAAAUUACGCACGUUCUCCUUUUACGCACUGGACAUUAAACCUGUCCCCGCACCUGAGAAGCGCGCCUCGGUGUUUGGAGCGAGAGAGAAAAAAAGAGAGGAGUGGGCGAACAGGAUGCAGGAACCAGGUAUCAUCUACGCCUGAAAGUGACAUGAUCCACGAAAUUCGCCAAAACACCAGGCGUGAUUUCAGUCAGAACUGGAGAUAACGAAUACGCGUCACCACGAGGGUCCGUUCUCUUCUCGCUCCGUUGAUGCGCAGACAAAGAACUCUGGUCGCACACUUAUUUCGUUCAAUCUAAAAUACAUCUGCAGAGGUAAUUGAGGAAAGCAAUCAUGGCCACGUUAAUUAGAAGCAAGAUCUCAAACAAGCUGUCCAAUGCGGCCACCACCGUCACCAAUAAGUCGCAGACGAAGGUGAGUGGGAUGUUCGCCAAAUUGGGCUUCCAGGCCGCCACGGACGAGGAGGGUUUGGGCUUCGCCGCCUGUGAUGAUCUGGACUAUGACCACCGGCAGGGGCUUCAGAUGGACAUCCUUAAAAACGAUGAAAUUGGAGGAGAGGGCGUUGGGGACAUGGGGGGAGAGGGCACUUUCGAAGGGGACAGCCAUUACCAGAGGGAUGGAACGGGUCCACCGCCCUCAGCGUCCAAAGACGGAAAUCUUUGCUCCGAAAUUGCCAAUCUGGACAAGCCAAAAAUUACUGCUUGGGAGGCAGGAUGGAACGUGACCAACGCGAUCCAGGGGAUGUUCGUUCUCGGGUUACCGUACGCCAUUCUCCACGGCGGAUAUCUCGGACUGUUCCUCAUUAUAUUUGCUGCGGUCGUGUGCUGCUACACGGGGAAAAUCCUCAUCUCCUGCCUCUACGAAGAGAACGAAGACGGGCAGCUGGUACGAGUGAGAGACACGUAUGUGGAUAUUGCCAACGCCUGCUGCGCGCCGCGCUUUCCCGCGCUGGGAGGCCACAUCGUCAAUGUUGCCCAAAUCAUUGAGCUCGUGAUGACCUGCAUUUUGUACGUCGUAGUCAGCGGGAACCUGAUGUACAACAGCUUUCCGAAUUUCCCGGUGUCGCAGAGGUCAUGGGCCAUCAUCGCCACCGUCGCUCUCCUGCCUUGCGCCUUCCUCAAGAACCUCAAAGCCGUGUCCAAGUUCAGCUUGCUCUGCACCCUCGCGCACUUUGUCAUCAACAUCCUCGUGAUCGCCUACUGUCUGUCCCGGGCACGAGACUGGGCGUGGGACAAGGUGAAGUUUUACAUCGACGUCAAGAAGUUCCCCAUCUCCAUCGGCAUCAUCGUGUUCAGCUACACCUCGCAGAUCUUCCUGCCCUCGCUGGAGGGUAACAUGCAGAAACCCAGCGAGUUCCACUGCAUGAUGGACUGGACUCACAUCGCUGCCUGCAUCCUCAAAGGCCUGUUCGCCCUGGUGGCUUACCUGACGUGGGCGGACGCGACCAAGGAAGUCAUCACGGACAACCUGCCGCCAGGCAUCCGGGCCGUCGUCAACCUCUUCUUGGUGUCCAAAGCGCUGCUGUCGUACCCGCUGCCGUUCUUCGCCGCGGUCGAGGUGCUGGAAAAGUGUUUCUUCCAGGACGGAGGGCGCGCGAUAUUCCCGGACUGCUACGGGGGCGACGGGCGCCUCAAAUCGUGGGGUCUGUCUCUCCGGUGCGCCCUGGUUGUGUUCACGAUGCUCAUGGCCAUUUACGUGCCGCACUUCGCGCUUCUCAUGGGGUUAACGGGCAGCUUGACGGGCGCCGGUCUGUGCUUUCUUCUGCCCAGUCUCUUUCAUCUCAAGCUGCUCUGGAGGAAGCUCUUAUGGCACCAGGUGUUCUUCGAUGUGGCGAUAUUUGUGAUCGGGGGUAUAUGCAGUAUUUCUGGCUUCAUUCAUUCCGUUGAGGGGCUCAUCGAGGCAUACAAAUACAACAUCCAGGAUUAGUUGGGGAAAUGAUCGAUUGGUGAUAAGUGUUACAACACAUCCCACCUAUUAUUGAUAACCAAACCGAUAAGUUUUACCACCCCCCCCCCCCAAAAAAAACACCAGACCUCGACUUUAACAAAAGACUUCAACAUAACGAACAAUAAACGAAUUAUUUAUUCUGCGAUGCAACAAACACGAGGAGGGAUGAUUUGGACAACAACACGUGAUAUUAGAAAUAGAACUAAACAUCUGUUUUUAAGUGAGUUAAAAGUUGAUUUACAAGAGGAUGUAUCGAAUGAGAAUAGAACUGCAGGAAGAAAUAAUUCAUUUCACGUUCAAGAAUAAAAUAACGCGUGAUUUGCAAUACACAGUAAAACAACAGCAGAUCAUUAUUUACAUCACGGCAAUAAAAUAUGAGUAGAACAAAUUGAUGCAUAUUCCGAAAUUCUAUUGGAGGACACAUACAAGUCUUAUUUCUUAUAUUUCGCAUUACUUUAACCAAAAUGACUCGGAGAGGGCGAUAUAGAAACUGAUAUUCAAGGCAGCCGGUGAAUAGAAAUACUUUAACUAUGCAUUUUGAACGUAUUAUAGAUAUUCUCGUGAAUAGAAAUCGAGAUGGUUUAAUUCACAAAUAAGGAUUGCGCUGCAUUUCAAUUGAAUUGACCGGAAAACAAACAAAGAGACUCGUAUUUGUACACAAGGCAUCGAAUAUAAUCACGCUACAACGAAAAACUAGAAAAGAAAAAGACUAAAAUGACGAUGAAAGGAAGAGGAAUAUAUUAGAGUUUCCAGCAGAAGGAAAUAAUGUCAAAACAUGGACAAAAAAAAUCACUCAAGUUCAAUUUCGAGCAUUGCGUUGUUUAUCGGAUAUCAAAUGUCGCUAUUUAAAAAAAGAAAAGAAAUAUAGCCUAUAUAUAUAUAAUAAUAAUAAUAAUAAUAAUAAUAAUCUUCAUUUUCCCCUCAGUGAAAUUUAUUUACAACGUGUUUGGAUCGAAAUCAAGCUGUCUGACUCAAUACUCGAAAUAAAGAGACUUGCAUAAGACAUUUGUGAUUGUGUGCAAUCCAACGGGUGCUGUGGACAUGUUAUAAACCGUGUGUGUUGUGUUAUUGUGGUUUAAAAGAUGGAAUGUAUAUCACAAAGUCGUUAUCAUAUAUUGUGAAAAUGAAUAUAUUGAAGAAUAAAGAAACGCGUGAAAUUAUAUUGUACACUUGUAUCUGGUUUUCUGUGAUAUAAAAGACAAUGAAACACGUUCAUCAGAGAUUUAAUCCAAAUUAGCAUGUAUUUAAACUGCAUAUAUGCUUUAGCAUAACAUUUCUGUUGUUGUUGAAUUGGCAAGAUAUUUUCUAUAACCCAGAGUACAUCUCAUUUUAUUUUCUGACUAUUCAUGUAUUUGUCAAAGCGAGAAA